CGGCUCGCCGCCUUCGCUCCUCCGUCGCCUCAGGCCGCCCCGCGCCCCGGUGGUUCGGGAGCUUCCCCGCGGACCACGGCGCUCCCCGCACCCCCGACGCGGAAGGCGCCUUUUCUCCCCCUCAGCCCGGACGUUCCCAAUAUGAGCGGCCUCGUCGGCGUGGAGAGGCGCCAGAGUAUGAUGCAUGACUACCACAGAAGAAAUUCAUGCCUAUAGCUUUUAAGGACUUAAUUACAUCGUUUUAAAGCCUGGUAGUUUUGGAGUCAACAGUUUAGAAGACACAGUUGCUUGCAUUUCUUCAAGCUGCUGUUCACUGAAGAAGGAAUAUAAAUUGAAGUGUUCCAUAUUAACACACAACAGAACUUGGAUUAUUUGCAGUCUCCUAGUCAUAAAAUUACAGCAUAAAUCUAUUUGGCAAAAAAACCUAGCAAAAUGAUUCCUAACGGCUAUUUGAUGUUUGAAGAUGAAAACUUCAUUGAGUCAUCUGUUGCAAAGCUAAAUGCUUUGCGCAAAAGUGGACAGUUUUGUGAUGUUAGACUUCAGGUGUGUGGACAUGAGAUGUUGGCACACAGAGCAGUGCUAGCUUGCUGCAGUCCUUACCUGUUUGAAAUCUUCAACAAUGACAGCGAUUCUCAUGGAGUUUCCCAUGUAAAGUUUGAAGAUCUUAAUCCAGAAGCUGUUGAAGUCUUGUUAAAUUAUGCCUAUACUGCUCAGUUGAAGGCAGAUAAAGAACUGGUCAAAGAUGUAUAUUCUGCAGCAAAGAAGCUGAAGAUGGAAAGAGUCAAGCAGGUUUGUGGAGAUUAUCUGCUCUCCAGAAUGAAUGUUGAAAGCUGUAUCUCCUAUCGAAACUUUGCAAGCAGUAUGGGUGAUUCCCGUUUGCUGAACAAGAUUGAUGGCUACAUUCAAGAGCACUUGUUACAGAUUGCUGACCAGGAGGAAUUUUUUAAAUUGCCACGUUUAAAGCUGGAGGUCAUGCUUGAAGAAAAUGUUAGCUUACCCAGCAAUGGCAAACUAUACACAAAGGUAAUCAACUGGGUCCAGCGCAGUAUCUGGGAGAAUGGAGACAGUCUGGAAGAUCUGAUGGAAGAGGUUCAAACGUUGUACUACUCAGCUGAUCACAAGCUGCUUGAUGGAAAUCCACUAGAUGGACAGGCUGAGGUGUAUGGCAGUGAUGAUGACCACAUUCAGUUUGUGCAGAAAAAGCCACCCCGUGAGAAUGAUCUCAAGCAGUUAAGUAGCAGUUCUUCUGGAAGUCUUUCUCCAAAUGCAGCAGUGCAGAGUCCAAAACACGAGUGGAAAAUUAUUGCUUCAGAGAAGACUUCAAAUAAUACUUACCUGUGUCUUGCUGUUCUGGAUGGUGUAUUUUGUGUUAUUUUCCUUCAUGGGCGUAACAGUCCCCAAAGUUCUCCAACCAGUACUCCACGAUUGAUGAAAAGCUUGAGUUUUGAGAUUCAACCAGGUGAUCUUGUGGAAAAGCCCAUGUCUCCCAUGCACUACGCACGAUCUGGAUUGGGAACAGCAGAAUUUAACAACCAGCUUAUUGCCGCAGGUGGCUAUAACAGAGAAGAAUGCUUGCGCACUGUGGAAUGCUACGAUCCCCGAAAGGAUUGCUGGACUUUUGUGGCACCAAUGAGGACGCCAAGAGCACGGUUUCAGAUGGCAGUUCUUAUGGGGCAGCUCUAUGUUGUUGGAGGGUCAAAUGGUCAUUCAGAUGACUUGAGCUGCGGGGAAAUGUAUGAUCCAGAGAUAGAUGAUUGGACUCCUGUUCCAGAACUGAGAACGAACCGUUGCAAUGCAGGUGUGUGUGCUCUAAACGGAAAGCUGUAUAUUAUUGGUGGCUCAGAUCCUUACGGCCAGAAGGGUUUGAAAAACUGUGAUGUUUUCGAUCCUAUAACAAAAUCUUGGACAAAUUGUGCUUCACUUAAUAUCCGUAGACAUCAGUCUGCUGUGUGUGAGCUUGGAGGAUAUUUAUAUAUCAUUGGAGGAGCUGAGUCUUGGAACUGCCUUAAUAGUGUGGAGCGUUACAAUGCAGAAAACAAUACCUGGACGUUAAUUGCACCGAUGAAUGUGGCUAGGCGUGGAGCUGGUGUUGCUGUGCUUGACGGGAAACUCUUUGUUGGUGGCGGCUUCGAUGGUUCACAUGCAGUGAGCUGUGUGGAGAUGUACGAUCCUGCCAGGAACGAGUGGAAGCUGAUGGGCAGCAUGACCAUUCCAAGAAGCAACGCCGGUUAUGCAGCAGUGGGCAACGCAAUCUAUGCCGUGGGCGGAUUCGACGGCAACGAGUUCCUGAACACCGUCGAAGUCUACAAUCCAGAGACAAACGAAUGGAGCCCCUACACAAAAGUCUACAAAUCCUGACUACCACAAGUCUCCUUAAAACUAACAGGCUUAGUGAUGUAAUUGUUUUAGUAGAGGUACACAUGUGAAUAGAGGGUGGGGGGUGUUAAAAGUUGCCAUCAGCAACACAAAGCUUUUGCAUAUUGCAUACUAUUAAUAUGCUGUACAUAUUUUUAUUUGGAACACAUGAAGGUUGUUUUGUGUAUUAGAAUGUUACUUUAGACUUUGGAAGUUAUUCUGAGAAAUAAUGAAGCUGAUGGCAUAUCAUUUCAAGAGCUUCCCCCACGUUUGUUUUGCCAAUUUGCACACACAGAUACUUUUAACCUUAGAGUUCAUUUCUGGUGCAGGAAAAUGUAGUGGUCUUUUUCAAUGUGAGCAAAUUGCUUUUUAGGCCUUGUUUGGGUUUUUUAUCUUAAGUAACUGGAAUGAUCUAAUAAGCCUUAUUUAAAUAGAUAGAUGGCUUUAUUUAAAAAAAAAGCUGACACACCUGCCAAUUUGACUGCCUUUUAUAACUUUUUAUAUAUAAAUAAAGUCAGGAGUUCUCAUUCUGUAGUGGCAUAAGAUAAGUGUUGAAGCAAAAAGACAAUCUCAGUGUUCAUAAGACUGGAGUGAGAUGUGUUGUUUUCCACUGUGAGAGCUUUUAUUUUCUCCUGCUACAAUGUAAUAUGAACUCUAAUAUGCAAGAUUGAUUUUUUUUGUUGUAUCUGAGUGGAGUUUCUAAACACGGCUGUAAUAUGACUGCAGAAAAGUCUGGCGCUGAAAUUUAACUAAUGUAAAGGGUGCUUUUCUGUAUGGUUCUUAGAUUAAGCAGUUGUAACAAGCAAAGCUGCACAAAUCAUGUGGUGUGUUAGCUAAUAAGGUUACCCAUCUGAAAAUUAUUGUACAAGUUUGUAUCUUUCUACUGCAAGCUGAAAACAUGCAAUAAAACAAGCUUUGCUUCAUUUCUUUAAAAA